AUGUGGAUCGUUGAUUUUGCCUCGAAAGUCGGCUUUUUCAUCUCAUACGUAGCUACCUUCUUCCUGAUCCUCGAAGUGGUCAGGUUGGUUUGCUCAGAUACAAACAAGCGGGAGGCCGAACGACUACUGGAUGCCUAUACACGAGGUCGCGAGUCAGAGAAGAAGCGCGAGCAAAGUUGUAAACUAUCUGUAGACGAGCUGGAGACAGAACUGGAGACCUUUCCCGUCCUGGAUGAGCCAUUACAACCGCCGCAAAUGCCACAACGCCGCACACGAAGGACAGUACUGCACCGCACACCCGCACCUGAGAAGACACUCGCGGCUGCGGAAGCGGAGCGAUACGUUGAACUCAACAAGCACUUUGGACUCUCGCCAGUCAUCACGAUCGAAGAGCACGUCGACAUCAUCAGAGUCAAGACGUUCAUCGAGAUCGCACCGUGA